UCCGUGCUGGUUUCAGGUGUCUGGCCUGAGGUGUCCCCGGUUCUUCUCUUGUGAAAUCCUCUAAAAUCAAAGGCUCCCACCAUGGAUGCCGAGAUGUCUGAUUUCGGGCCCGCCGCCCCGUUCCUGCGCAUGCCAGAAAAGCUUCGCAUCGAAACUCAGACUCGGCCGUUCGACUUGAAGAAGGACGUCUUCGUGCCGGAUGACAAAGAGGAAUUUGUGAAGGCCAAGAUCGUUUCCAAAGAAGGUGGCAAAGUCACUGCGGAAACAGAAAGCGGGAAGACGGUGACGGUCAAAGAAGACCAAAUCAUGCAGCAGAACCCGCCCAAAUUCGACAAGAUCGAGGACAUGGCCAUGCUGACCUUUCUGCACGAACCAGCCGUGCUCUACAAUCUGAAGGAUCGCUAUGCCUCCUGGAUGAUCUACACCUACUCGGGGCUCUUCUGUGUGACGGUCAACCCCUAUAAGUGGUUGCCCGUCUACAACGCAGAAGUGGUGGCUGCUUAUCGAGGGAAGAAGCGGAGUGAAGCUCCCCCCCACAUCUUCUCCAUCUCCGACAAUGCCUAUCAGUACAUGUUGACAGAUCGGGAGAACCAGUCCAUUCUUAUCACGGGAGAAUCCGGUGCCGGGAAAACAGUGAACACCAAGCGGGUCAUCCAAUAUUUUGCGGUCAUUGCUGCCAUUGGGGACCGUAGCAAGAAAGACCAAGCAGCUGCAACGGGGAAGGGCACCUUGGAAGAUCAAAUCAUCCAGGCCAACCCAGCUCUGGAGGCCUUCGGUAACGCCAAGACCUUGAGGAAUGACAACUCCUCCCGAUUUGGUAAAUUCAUCCGAAUUCACUUUGGAGCAACCGGAAAGCUGGCAUCAGCCGACAUAGAAACCUAUCUCCUGGAAAAAUCCAGAGUAAUCUUCCAGCUGAAGGCUGAGAGGAAUUAUCACAUCUAUUACCAAAUCUUGUCCAACAAGAAGCCAGAGCUGUUGGAUAUGCUGUUGGUCACCAACAAUCCUUACGACUACGCCUUCAUCUCCCAAGGAGAGACUACGGUACCUUCCAUUGAUGAUGCUGAGGAACUGUUAGCAACUGACAAUGCCUUUGACAUCUUAGGGUUCACCCAAGAGGAGAAAAAUUCCAUCUACAAGCUGACGGGGGCCAUCAUGCACUACGGGAACAUGAAAUUCAAGCAGAAGCAACGAGAGGAACAGGCUGAGCCUGAUGGGACUGAAGAAGCUGACAAGUCGGCAUAUCUGAUGGCCCUGAACUCUGCAGACCUGCUCAAGGGGCUUUGCCACCCGAGGGUCAAAGUGGGGAACGAGUACGUCACCAAAGGGCAAAAUGUCCAACAGGUGUACUAUUCCACGGGGGCGCUGGCCAAGGCUGUCUAUGAGAGGAUGUUUACCUGGAUGGUCAUGAGAAUCAACAGCACUCUGGAAACCAAACUGCCCCGACAGUAUUUCAUUGGGGUGUUGGAUAUUGCUGGCUUCGAGAUCUUUGAUUUCAACAGUUUCGAGCAGCUCUGCAUCAACUUCACCAACGAGAAGCUGCAGCAGUUCUUUAACCAUCACAUGUUUGUGCUGGAACAAGAGGAGUACAAGAAGGAGGGCAUCGAAUGGGUGUUCAUUGACUUCGGCAUGGACCUCCAGGCCUGCAUUGACCUCAUUGAGAAGCCCAUGGGCAUCAUGUCCAUCCUGGAAGAAGAAUGCAUGUUCCCCAAGGCCACCGACAUGACCUUCAAGGCCAAGCUCUACGACAACCACCUGGGCAAAUCGGCCAACUUCGGCAAAGCGCGGGUCAUCAAGGGCAAACCCGAGGCCCACUUUGCCCUGAACCACUACGCGGGCACCGUGGACUACAACAUCAACGGGUGGCUCCAGAAGAACAAGGACCCUCUCAACGAAACGGUGGUCGGCCUCUACCAGAAGUCAGCGUUGAAGCUCCUUGCCAACCUGUUUGCCAACUACGCCGGAGCGGACGCACCAUUGGAGUCCAAGGGGAAGGGUACUCAUAAGAAGAAGGGGUCUUCCUUCCAGACCGUGUCGGCCUUGCACAGGGAGAACCUCAACAAACUGAUGACCAACCUGCGCUCCACCCAUCCUCACUUUGUCCGUUGCAUUAUCCCCAACGAGACCAAAACCCCAGGGAUGAUAGACAAUCCUUUGGUCAUGCACCAACUGCGUUGUAACGGCGUGUUGGAAGGGAUCCGUAUCUGCCGGAAAGGAUUCCCUAACCGGAUCCUCUACGGGGAUUUCCGGCAAAGGUACCGCAUCCUAAACCCAGCGGCCAUUCCGGAGGGUCAGUUCAUCGACAGCCGGAAGGGGGCUGAGAAACUUCUAAGCUCGCUGGACAUCGACCAUAGCCAGUACAAAUUUGGACACACCAAGGUGUUCUUCAAAGCUGGUCUCCUGGGACUGUUGGAGGAAAUGAGAGAUGAACGUCUCUCCCGGAUCAUCACUCGCAUCCAAGCCCAAUCCCGUGGUGUGCUGGCCAGGAUAGAAUUCAGGAAGAUCAUGGAACGGAAGGAAUCUCUGCUGGUGAUCCAGUACAACAUCCGGGCUUUCAUGGUGGUGAAGAACUGGCCCUGGAUGAAGCUGUACUUCAAGAUCAAACCUUUGCUGAAGAGCGCGGAGACAGAGAAAGAGUUGGUGGCUAUGAAGGACGAGUUGGCCAAGUUGAAAGAGGCCUUGGAGAAGUCGGAAGCCCGUCGGAAGGAGCUGGAGGAGAAGAUGGUGUCCUUACUGCAGGAGAAGAAUGACCUACAGUUGCAAGUUCAGGCAGAGCAAGACAAUCUUGCAGAUGCUGAGGAACGUUGCGACCAGUUGAUCAAGAACAAGAUCCAAUUGGAAGCCAAGGUGAAAGAGAUGACCGAACGUCUUGAAGACGAAGAGGAGAUGAACGCCGAACUGACUGCCAAGAAGCGGAAGCUGGAAGAUGAAUGUUCUGAACUCAAGAAAGAUAUUGAUGACCUGGAGUUGACUUUGGCCAAGGUGGAGAAGGAGAAGCAUGCCACGGAGAACAAGGUGAAGAACCUCACCGAAGAAAUGGCUGGUUUGGAUGAGAUCAUCGUCAAGCUAACCAAAGAGAAGAAGGCUCUUCAAGAGGCCCACCAGCAAGCUCUGGAUGACCUUCAAGCUGAAGAAGACAAGGUCAACACGUUGACCAAAGCCAAGGUCAAACUGGAACAACAGGUGGAUGAUCUGGAAGGCUCCUUGGAACAGGAGAAGAAGAUCCGCAUGGACCUUGAGAGGGCCAAGAGGAAGCUGGAAGGAGACUUGAAGUUGGCCCAAGAAAGCAUCAUGGAUUUGGAGAACGACAAGCAACAACUUGAUGAAAAGCUGAAAAAGUAG